GCUUGUAGCUAGCGACGAAUUUUUAUUCUUAAGUGGAAUACUACUUUUACUUCUCAUUGUUCGUUUAAUGGUCUAAAAAUGUGUGGUAGAUAUGCCCUCGGCGUGGUAUGUUACGUCCCUCUACCUACUCGCGUUCUGUAGCCAGAGUACUAGGCAUCUGACAAACAGAACAGCGCAUGGCCUUCAUGCGUCGCCGCCUCGAAGAACAAGGCCUCCAGGUCGAUGAAGCACCCUCCGACGAUGACGUCCGAGAAACAUACAACUUCGCCCCGGGAAACUUUGGCGCCGUAUAUCGCGCGGAUAUAUAUCCCUCCGGACACAACGAGGAACAACCUGAGGACGACGACACUACAUCACCGGCCCAGAACAAGGCAGCCGAGAAAGACGAACAGACGCACCCCCAGCUCAAAUACAAAAUCCAGAGCAUGAAGUGGGGACUGGUCCCGUUCUGGACGAAGCGGAAACCGGAUUACGGGUCGAUGAUGCGGACGAUUAAUUGUCGGAGUGACUCGCUGGCCGAGGAUCGCGGGAUGUGGACGUCCAUGAAGCGGAGGAAGAGAUGUGUAGUCGUCUGUCAGGGUUUCUAUGAGUGGUUGAAGAAGGGGCCUGGGGGGAAGGAGAGGGUGCCGCAUUUUGUGAAGAGGAAGGAUGGGGAGUUGAUGCUCUUUGCGGGGUUGUGGGAUUGUGUUUCUUAUAAAGGGGAGGAUGAACAGCUCUACACGUAUACGGUUAUUACGACGUCCUCGAACGCUUAUCUGAAGUUCCUUCAUGAUCGCAUGCCGGUCAUUCUGGAGCCAAAUAGUGAGGCGAUGAAGAUUUGGCUGGAUCCGAAUCGGACGACGUGGUCGAAGGAACUGCAGUCUGUGCUGAAGCCAUACGAGGGCGAGUUGGAAUGCUAUCCAGUUCCCAAGGAGGUUGGCAAGGUUGGAAACAACUCUCCUGACUUCAUUGUGCCGGUAAGUAGUAAGGAAAACAAGAGUAACAUUGCGAACUUUUUUGCAAAUGCAAAGAAAAAGACCGAGCCGGGUGUCAAAGUCGAAGGUGAUGGCAUUGCGGAUCAAAAUAUAGUCGAGAACGAAGACGAUCCGCGUCCAAUGAGGGAAAGUGGAUGGAGUGAGGACAAUGCGCCCAAACCAGCAGCAGGCACUAAGAGAGAACGCACCCCCGAGGGACCUGAAGAGGUAGCAGAUGAGGGGAUGAAGAGGCCAAAGACAGAGUCGCUCACUCCUUCGUCAAAGAUGGCCUCAGAGCAUAACCUAGCAUCGAAGCAACAGACCACCCCUGUCGGAAAGAAGAUGCGAAGUGCCACUCAUAAUGAAAAGCCCACGAAAAAGGUAAAUGCGAAGAAAGCUGAUGGAUCCCAGCCAAUCACAAAAUUUUUCUCAACCUAAAGUUGUUCUGUAUUACCGAAUAGCAUGGUGUGCUAUUCGGACUGUGUCCUCAAAUGCUAAGUCGUCGUGAUGCGAUAUGAGAUGCGAUUCGAGCCAAACUGGCCUGCAGUUUAACCAUAGCUUUCAUCAAGUCAAGUAAAAUACAGUUGAAUAAUGUACAUGGAUUCUCAAUGCAUCCGCUAUUGACUCUCCUGCUGGCGCAGCCUCUGUACCAACUUUUCCCUAAGGAAUGGACUCAAACCAAAACUAGAUUUCUUGUUAGUACUAUUCGGUGCCAUUUAAAGGAACUGUGACCUACAUUCCGUCCCGAGUUACGAUCCGAUAAGUACCUAUUGAAGUCAGCUACUCUCACUGGAACGUUCUGUACAG